AAAAUUUGGGAGUCGCAGCUCUGAACUAGCCAGCUUCGUUCUAGAAAGCGGCACGCAGCCCUAAAAAAACUCACAUUCCUUCUCCACACGCCUCCGCCCAUUCCCACGACCGUCGCCUGAGCAGCAGAGCUAAAAUCCUCAUCUCCUUCUCCAUACCGUCUCGCUUUUCUAUGUGAAUGCUCCUUGAUAGCGAUCGUCAUCGAUCGUUAUCGUCGUCGUCGUCGUCGUCAUGUAUAAAACGGCCUCAUCCUCCGCUUCCGCUCUCCUCAGAGCGAGACUUUUCCAUUCCUCUCUCAGGACUACUCUCACUUCGUCGUCUCCUCUUCCGUCAUCUUUAGUCAACCACCGAUCUUUCAGCUUCUCCUCCGCUGUUCGAUCUCUACGUUGUUCCGUUCCGUGGUGGAGUCACGGUGUUGAUUGGAGGUCUCCGGUCAGGCUCCGUGCUCAGAUCAGAGCUGUCGCUCCUGUUAUCAAACAGUUGGAGAGGAAGUUCGCCACUAUGGGUAUCGUCACCAUUUCUGGAGUUAAUCUGGAAUAUCUUGGACGGGUUGUUUUCAACACUGAUGGUGUACUCUACCCUGAUAGUGUUGUUGGAACUGAUUCCCAUACAACUAUGAUAGAUGGGUUGGGAGUUGCUGGCUGGGGAGUUGGUGGUAUUGAGGCUGAGGCAGCAAUGCUUGGCCAGCCCAUGAGCAUGGUAUUGCCUGGUGUUGUUGGGUUCAAGUUAUCUGGAAAGUUAUGCAGUGGCGUGACAGCUACUGACUUGGUUCUAACUGUGACACAAAUGCUGAGGAAGCAUGGUGUUGUUGGCAAAUUUGUUGAGUUUUACGGGAAUGGUAUGGGUGAACUUUCAUUGGCUGACAGGGCUACCAUUGCUAACAUGUCUCCUGAGUAUGGUGCAACCAUGGGAUUCUUCCCUGUAGAUCAUGUUACUUUACAGUAUCUCAAACUGACUGGCAGAAGUGAUGAAACUGUGGCAAUGAUAGAAGCAUACCUUCGUGCAAAUAAAAUGUUUGUUGACUAUAAUGAGCCUCAGCAAGAUAGGGUGUACUCAUCAUAUCUGGAGCUAAACCUUGAAGAUGUUGAGCCCUGUGUUUCAGGACCAAAGAGACCACACGAUCGUGUUCCUUUGAAAGAAAUGAAGGUCGACUGGCAUUCUUGUCUCAAUAACAAAGUUGGUUUCAAGGGUUUUGCCAUACCAAAAGAGGAACAGGACAAAGUGGCAAAGUUUUCAUUCCAUGGGCAGCCAGCAGAACUUAAGCAUGGCAGUGUGGUGAUUGCUGCAAUCACAAGCUGCACCAAUACAUCGAACCCUAGUGUCAUGCUUGGGGCUGCUCUUGUUGCAAAAAAAGCCUGUGAACUUGGUUUAAAGGUUAGACCAGCUGUGCUUUCUGGGAACCGGAAUUUUGAGGGUCGUGUUCAUCCCUUGACAAGAGCUAACUACCUUGCUUCACCUCCAUUGGUGGUUGCUUAUGCUCUUGCUGGCACGGUUGACAUUGACUUUGACAAGGAGCCUAUUGGCACUGGGAAGGAUGGAAAGAGUGUCUAUUUCAAGGAUAUCUGGCCAUCUACAGAGGAAAUUGCAGAGGUUGUCCAAGCGAGUGUCCUGCCUGAUAUGUUCAAAAGAACUUAUGAGGCUAUUACAUCUGGCAAUCCUAUGUGGAAUCAGCUGUCAGUACCAUCAGAAUCCUUGUACUCAUGGGACCCUAACUCAACCUACAUUCAUGAGCCCCCAUACUUCAAGAACAUGACCAUGGAUCCCCCUGGACCAAAUGGAGUGAAGGAUGCAUACUGCUUGCUGAACUUUGGUGACAGCAUCACAACAGAUCACAUUUCUCCAGCUGGAAGCAUUCAUAAAGACAGUCCUGCUGCCAAGUACCUCCUUGAGCGUGGGGUGGAGCACAAGGAUUUCAAUUCAUAUGGGAGUCGUCGUGGCAAUGAUGAAGUGAUGGCUAGAGGAACUUUUGCAAACAUCCGCCUUGUAAAUAAGUUCUUGAGUGGUGAAGUGGGCCCAAAGACAAUUCACAUUCCAACAGGAGAGAAACUCUAUGUAUUUGAUGCAGCAAUGAGGUACAAGGCUGCUGGACAGGACACCAUCGUCUUGGCUGGAGCAGAGUAUGGAAGUGGGAGCUCCCGAGAUUGGGCUGCCAAGGGUCCAAUGUUAUUGGGAGUAAAAGCAGUGAUAGCAAAAAGUUUUGAGAGAAUCCAUCGCAGUAAUUUGGUGGGAAUGGGUAUCAUUCCUCUUUGUUUCAAGCAUGGUGAGGAUGCUGACAGUCUUGGAUUGACUGGUCAUGAGCGUUAUACUAUAGACCUUCCAAGCAAAAUCACUGACAUAAAGCCUGGCCAAGAUGUGACUGUGACAACAGACAGUGGAAAAUCUUUCAUCUGCACAGUCCGCUUUGAUACUGAGGUGGAACUGGCAUACUUCAAUAAUGGUGGCAUACUUCCAUAUGUUAUUAGGAACUUGAUUAAGCAGUAAAUGCCUUUUGUGGUUGGCCUGGUUACAAUCGAGACUAUCAAGUGUAAAAUUUUUGAAGUGAAUAAAUUCAAUAACUGAGGAAAAUCCCUGUAACGGGUACAUGUACUUUUGUUUUCAAUUCGUUAGUCGGGCAGACAAUUCUAGUCUGCGGACAAACAAAACUAUCUAGAAAUAUAAUUCUUUCCCCCUGUGCUUUGCAUUGAAGCAAGUUUGAUCGUUUCUGAAUUUUCAAUAAUAUUCGAGUGGGUCU